ACGUGCGCUUGCCAACCACGAGUUUCCGGAAACCCCCUCCGCACCCACGGAGACUCAGGGCGAUUGAUCUUGUGACUGCGCAAGUCGACUGCGACUGUGUAAAGGUGGUGGUCUCCUACGGCGAGAACGUGAGCCGCGGACGACAGGCCGCUGUGUCAUUCUGCACCCAACCUCCUCAAAAACAACACGGUAUUUUCGUCCCGGCAUUUUCGUCGCACGAGCGAUUCCUACCGACCCCGGAGAGCCCACGCGCGUCUGAUUGGAUUGGGCACCAAGACACCGGAACGCGGAACGCGGGAAGGCGGAACACGGAAGACGGCAAGAGUCAAGAGUGGUGGCAGACCUUGGGGGGUAAAGCCACCGCCGAACAACAGCGGGAGCAGUCAGCAAAAUGAGUUCCUCGCGGAGUUCGCACCGACGGUCGCCCGGCGCCGACCCAGGGCCACCACCGCCAGGCGUCCCACCGCGCGCCAUGUCGCCCGCCGUCGGCGUCGGCGGCAACCGCCCUGUUGCACCGCGGUCUUCGACAUCUGCGCGCGUGGCGCAGCAGGCCGCUGCCAGCACAAGUGCGAGCGCCAGUGGGAGUAGCAGCAGGAGCGAUGGAUCGAGACGCGCCAACUCAUCGGGAAGCUCUUCGAUCCCCUUAUCCCAGAUCGAGAGGAGCGUGACGCAUCUCCUCGUCGCUACGAAACAGCUGCUCGAGACUCUCACACAAUGGUCGCGAGGGAACGCCACCGACACCCAGGUGUCCGACGUUUACGUCCGGCUAGGAUACGAAUUCAAUAUGGCCUGCCGUGCCUUCUCCGCUAUCAACGUUGAUACGGCCGACCUCGGCAACGUACCGGAGCGUUUGAGGACGAUUUUGGAAGCCACCCUGAGCCAGGAUGCGAGCCCUGAGAGCUUGGACAGGUACCUACCGAAAAUCCGCGAUAUCAUCAUCAACCUACUCCAUGGCCUCAAGGGGAAGCAGACAAGAUUGCGGCAAAGGCAGCAGCGGGAGCGAGAAAGUGCUCCUUCCGACCCGAGCGGCUCUGGUGGUGCUGCCGCGGCUGCGAACCCGCCCGUGCCAGCUCGGACAACCAGUUCCAGCACGGUGGGGAGUGUCAACUCGGGAGUGACAACCUUGUUGAACGAGGGUCUGGAGGAUGGCUAUCGGCCGGACAGUCAACGUGACGAUGGGCGGAGCAAUGUGAUGGCGUCCCCGACCAGACGCGUCCAACCACAGCGGGACCUCUCCCGCGGCUCGGAUCACUCCAGCCUGUCCAGCAACACGAUGCACAGCAUCCCGGUCGUGGCUCCCUACCCGGGUGACGAGACCAUUCCGUCGGGGCCUUCGGCGAGUGAUUUGAGCAGCUUGGAUAACUUCCCGCCGCCACCACCGCCGCCCAAGGCCUCGCAGCAGAGCGCCCUUGCGGCCCUGCAGAGAGGGGGCGAUUUGGAGAGGCGGGCGUCUCGAAGAUACUCCGCCUACCAGAUAUCGAAGCACCUGGGCGCUCAGGCGCCUGGGAUCCCGAUGCUCCCUCCCCAAACCACGCCGAUACCGAACCGCGGCCGGGGCGAAGUCCGAGAAUCAAUGCGGGCCAUGCAGGCGAGGGAUCCUGUCCGCCACAAGCGGAACACGUCGGCUCAGUCGCGAACGGCCACCCUCGAUUCUUCUCCGGUCCGCGUGCCGAGCCGGGUCUCGGAGGAGCCGGAGGAACUCCCGGCGGAGCUCCCCGCUGCCAGGGCCGCAGCUCCUGGCUCGCUGGAAGAAGAGAACUUCCGGCCGAGCGCGACCCUGACAGGACCACCGUCCGACAUGAUGCCAGUCAUGGGGAUGGAGGAGGAGGAUGAGGAGAGGAACAAACCGGCCACCCCGGCUCGAGCCCAACCUCCUCCACCAGCACAGGUCACAACGCCCGACAAGCCACCCAGCUCGUUUACAGAGACACCGCCCGCGACGAAAGAACUGACUUUGUUUCUCCAAUACAAAUCCAAGGUCAAGAAGUUUGUGCUCCCGGGCGGUUACGAAGAGCUGUCGAUCGGACGCCUGCAACUGGCCUUUAUCGAAAAGUUCUCGUGGAAUACGCAGCAAAACGGCGCCGACCUGCCCGACAUCUAUAUCCAGGAUCCCGUCUCCGGCGUGCGCCACGAGCUGGAGGACUUGUCGGACAUCAAGGACCGCACGGUGCUCGUGCUCAACGUGGAGCCUCUGGACGAAGUCAAACGGCACAUCGACGACGGCCUGGGCUCGCUGAGGAAGAUGAUGGAGGAAAUGAAGCAGAACGUGGACGACCAGGCGGCUGCUCUUCAGAGGGUAUCAGAGCGGCAGCAGGAGACGGCUAAGGACGUUGCUCGGCUCGCCGCCGCACCCCCAACCAUCAUGACGGCAACUGCCGAGUCUGCUAAACAAGCCGGGACCGGGGCUGGGCCGGCAUCUGCGUCGCGCAAGCUCAGCCCGGGACAGCUCUGGGAGAUCCAAAGCCUGCGGCGGGAUCUGGCCGUGCUGCGGCAGACCUACUCCAACUUCCAGUCCGAGGUGCAAGGCUCCAUGUCCGCGCUCCGCGCGAAGGCCAACAACGUCAAGCUGGCAGCCGCCAAGCUCGCAGUGCUCGACAUCGAAGGCGACGCCGGCCACUCGUACGUCAUCAAGGGACGCAAGCAGCUCAACGCCGACAGCGACCGGCUCGUCAAUAAGGUAGACGACCUCCAGGACAUGGUGGAAGACCUGCGCAAGGACGUGGUGCACCGCGGCGUGCGGCCGCUGCCGCGCCAGCUCGAGGCCGUGGCGCGCGACAUCGCGCUGCUGACCAAGGAGCUGGCCAAGAUGGAGGAGUACAUGAAGCGCGAGAAGCCCAUCUGGACCAAGAUCUGGGAGAAGGAGCUCGAAGACGUCUGCCAGGGCCGCGACGAGCUGCGGCUGGCGGAGGACCUGAUCGUGGACCUGCGCGACGACCUCGAGAAGGCGUCCGAGACGUUCGCGCUGGUCGAGCAGGCCACCAAGGAGCAGAUGAAGGACGCCGGGCCGGGCGGCGUGGGCGGCGGCAUCACGGCGCGGCAGUUCAGCAAGGGCCUGAACAGCAUCCGCGACAACGCGCUGGUCGACCCGACCGCGGCCAAGGAGGGCGUGCUGGGCGAGGUGCGCGCGCUGCAGCCCAACCACGAGAACCGGCUGGAGGCGAUCGAGCGGGCCGAGAAGCUGCGCCAGAAGGAGCUCGAGCGCCGCCGCGAGAACCCGCUCAAGCAGGAGCUCGUCAGCUUCGUCGAGGAGGGCAAGCUCAAGAAGUCGGGCGGCGUCGAGGAGGUCGAGCGCGCCCGGAAGGCCAAGGACGAUCGCAUCCGCCGCGAGGUCUGGGAGCGCCAGAACGGAAUCAUCCCGGAGAACCCCGUGGGCGAGGACGAGCUGUUGCAGCAGCCGCAGCAGCAGCUGGAGCAGGAGGAGCAGCUCGAGGGGAAGACCAACGGGACCGCGGAGGAGCCGGGGAUUGCCGUUGACGGAUGAUUGUUUUGCGUACGAUGGAGGGGACUGAUGUGCACUGAUGGGGCUGGCUUAUGAGAAACCGAAGGACCGGAGGCGUGAGAGGGAAAUGGCUGUGGAAUAUACCCAAGUGUCCGUUUCUUGGCUUCCGGAUUGCUACAGUUGUUG